CUCAACCUCCUCGCCCUUCCAAGCGACAACUCUUGAGAAUCAGUACUCAAGACACCGACAAAAUGGUCAAGAAGAGAAAGAAUAACGGCCGCAACAAGAAGGGCCGCGGCCACGUCAAGCCCAUCCGGUGCUCCAACUGCUCACGAUGCACCCCGAAGGACAAGGCUAUCAAGCGGUUCACCAUCCGCAACAUGGUCGAGUCUGCAGCCAUCCGUGAUAUCUCGGACGCCUCUGUGUUCGCCGAGUACACGGUUCCCAAGAUGUACCUCAAGCUGCAGUACUGCGUCUCUUGCGCUAUCCACGGCAAGAUCGUCCGUGUCCGAUCCCGCGAGGGCCGCCGCAACCGUGCUCCUCCGCCGCGCGUCCGCUACAACAAGGACGGCAAGAAGGUGACCCCUACACAGGGCCCCAAGACCGCUUAAGCGGCUUUCUAUCUUCUUGCUUUGGCGUUCUGUGUUGGUGGCUUUGGGUUUAGACGUGGUUCGAUGAUCUGCAGUUAUGAGGUCAUGAUCUGGCUUUUGCAUGGAAAUCGGCAUCCACGGAAACGGAAACGGCUUGGGGG